UUCGCCUCCUCCAACUCCACGAGCUUCUGUCUCCUCUGCCCUCCAGGCAAGUACCGCGAGCCCUUCACCGUCGAGGUAUGCCUCCUCUGUCCUCCUGGCACCUUCCAGCCCCUCCCGGGGGCUCCCAACGUGACCUCGUGCCUUGCUUGUCCGCCUGGCUCGACGUCUGCAGCAGGAGCUUCUCUUCUUGGCAGCUGCACCUGCGCCCCCGGUUACGCGGGCCGCUCGCCGUUCAACUGCUCCUCCUGCGGCUUCGGAAAUUUCUCGAGCAGCGAGGGGGCUGAACGCUGCGAGCUCUGCCCUGCUGGCUCCUUCUCUGACGAGCUCUCCGCCACGACCUGCCACGAUUGUCCACCAGGAACUUUCAGCUCCUCCUCCUCCUCCUCCUCCUGUUCCUCCUGCCCCCCUGCCUCCUUCUCCUCCGCGGGUGCCUCCCACCCCUCGGACUGCUUCUGCCUCGCAGGGUUUGAGGUGGACGGGAGCGGCGCGUGCGUCCCCUGCCGCAACGGGACGUUCAAGGAGGUGGAAGGGAACAGCAACUGCUCUCAGUGCCCGGAGAACUCGACGACGACGAGGACGGGAAGCACGAGCAUCGCUCAGUGCGUCUGCCGUGCCGGCAACGAGGGAAGGGAUGGGAACCCCUGCUCUCCUUGCCCUGCUGGAUCCUACAAGAGCAAGGUGGGCGACGCUCCCUGCCUUCCCUGCCCU